UAAAAACCAAUGGGGACCAUUUCAUUGCCAACUCUCUCAAGAAGUGCCCAACAAAGAAAAUGUCUCUUCUUCCUCUUGUAUUGUUUCUCCUCCUUAUAACCAUGGCCGUGGCAACGCCUCUCCGCCCCGGAUUUUACUCAGAAACUUGCCCAGAAGCCGAAGUUAUUGCCCGUGAUGUGAUGAAGAAGGCCAUGGUUAGAGAACCAAGAAGCGCCGCCUCUGUUAUGCGUUUUCAGUUCCAUGAUUGCUUCGUUAAUGGUUGUGAUGCAUCGCUGUUGCUUGAUGACACACCAACCAUGCUGGGAGAAAAGCUAGCUCUUUCCAAUAUCAAUUCGCUAAGUUCUUUCGAAGUCUUCGAUGAGAUAAAAGAGGCUUUGGAGGAGGCCUGUCCUGGAACUGUUUCUUGUGCCGAUAUUAUAAUUAUGGCUUCCAGAGAUGCCGUUUCACUUAGUGGAGGACCCAAAUGGGAAGUGAAGCUGGGGAGGCAAGAUAGUUUGACAACGAGCAAAGAAGACUCAGACAAUAUCAUGCCAAGUCCGAGAUCAAAUGCAAGUUUCCUCAUUGAUCUAUUUGCCAAAUUUAAUCUCUCUGUGAAAGAUGUUGUAGCUCUUUCUGGUUCACAUUCCAUCGGGCAAGGCAGAUGCUUUUCAGUUAUGGUCAGGCUCUAUAACCAAUCUGGAUCAGGCAAACCUGACCCAGCAAUUGAUCCCAUGUACAGAGAAAAGCUAAACAAACUUUGCCCACUUGGAGUAGAUGAAAAUGUUACAGUAGAUCUUGAUGCAACACCUAAAUUAUUUGAUAAUCAAUACUUCAAAGACUUGGUUGCUGGAAGAGGUUUUCUGAACUCCGAUCAAACGCUGUUUACAUAUCCAGAGACGAGAGAGUAUGUAUGGUUGUUUAGCGAAGACGAAGAUGAAUUUUUCAAGGCGUUUGCCGAGGGAAUGGUAAAGAUGGGAGACUUGCGGUCAGGGAGGGCUGGAGAAAUUAGAAGCAAUUGCAGGGUGGCAAAUAGAAAGCCCGUGGACAAUUUGUGAGAGUCUAAAGAGUGAUAAUUGAUAUGCAGAGCCAUUGAUGGAUUAGAAAGGUUAAGAAUUGGAAGUGAUUAAAGCAUAUAAAACUAAUAAAAUAAAUAUUAUGGACAGCAGCUUUAUUGUUAUCAUGAAAUAUGAUAUUGCAGAAAUUGGAAUUGGUCA